UGGCGUCUGUAGAAAGUAAUAAAAUUUCUAACGCCGGCGAUGGGCUGGGAAGAAUUCUCUCCAAACCAGGCUUUGAACCUGACAAUUUUGUGUCAAAGUUGAUUGAAAAUGGCCAGGACAGAUUGCUUGAUAUGAAACAGACAUUUCAUAUCCUCAGUGAUAAGACAGCACAGUCACUGAAGAAAAAUGUUUACAAAAACUACUCCCAGUUUAUUGAGACUGCCAGAGAAAUAGCUAUUCUUGAGAGCGAGAUGUACCAGCUAAGCCACAUGCUGACGGAACAGAAGGGGCUAAUGUCGUCCAUGAUGGAAAUGUCAUUAGUUAGUGACAAAGUCAUUGUGCAAGGACAGAAAGAGGAGGAGGAGCAACAAGAAAACCCCGAAGAAGAGACAAAGAAGAAUCUCGCAUUUCUGCUUGAGAAAGUGGAGGGAUGUUCAACAGUAACAGACGUUCCUGGUCGUCAGCUGAUUCACGAUGGAGAUCUCGUAGAGCUUGAUGGGACAACAUUCACCGCAAUACAGCGCGUCCACGCUUUUCUUCUUAACGACAGUCUCAUGAUAGCCACAUGGAUUCCAAACAGGAGAGGACCUGUUCGCUAUCGGUUUCAAGGCCUGUAUGAACUGGACAGCCUGGCCGUGGUGAAUGUGCGAGACGUCGGACCAGAGAAGAACGCUCUGAAGAUGCUGAUGUUCCCUGAAACGAGGAUAUACCAGACUGAUAGCACCAAAUCUAAGCGUCAAUGGCUGGAUAUUUUAGAAGACACAAAGAAGAAGAAGGCUGCCAAGGAAAAGCAGAAGAAGGAAGCGGCUCUUGCUAAAAAGGAAGGAGAAAUACAGGCGGCCUCUGAAGCUGCAGUCGCAGAAGCCAAUAAACUAGAUCCAUUUAAUGAGGAACCCGAACCCGAAAUUGAUACCAUGGACACCGAAAUUCUGAAUGUUGAUUGGCUGCAAGAGCUGCCGGAGGAUCUUGAUAUGUGCAUUGCUCAAAGAGAUUUUGAAGGAGCAGUGGAUCUGAUGGAGAGAGCCAAUGCAUUUUUGAAUGAUUGUCCAAAAUCACCUGCCGUCAAAGAGUUCAGAGCUCGAAUCGACCACCGAGUGAAACAGUUGACGGAUGGUCUGAUGAGUGAGUUGCAGGUUUCGCCUGAACGCUCGCUCAGAGGAGGGCCACGGGCUGCCCGGCGAGCGGUCGCACAACUCAUCCGGCUCGGAAAAUCAGCGCAGGCGUGUGAACUGUUUUUGAAGAACCGAAGUGCUAUCAUCCGGUACAACAUUCGACAGCUCAAGUUUGAGGGUGCGACAGCGCUCUACAUACGGUGUCUGUGCGGCGUUUUCUUCACGAGUCUGUCUGAAACGGCACAAGAGUUCUUGAAGGCUUUUCCCGAACAUUACGGUUGUUACUCAGCUUUUGUGGUGUGGUCCAAGCACGAGUUACAGGCAUUUGUUGCCACUUUCUGUCGUCAGGUUUUCGAGAGCAAGUCGAGUCUGACCACAAUUGCAGAGUGUGUACAGAUGGCCAAACAGCAUUGUGAGGAGCUUAGUAUAAUUGGUCUUGACAUCAGCUUCACUCUGUUGGCUAUUCUGAACAUUCCGAUGUACCGAGCAAUAGAGGAAACGAGGGACCAGCUUAUUGAUGGCAUCAAAUACAGAUCACAGGAUGAUAAGUGGCGACCCAUGAAUCACUCUACAAAGAAAGACUGUGAUAAGUUUAUGUCGGAUAUGAAUGCUGUCGGCCUUGACAUGUUGAAGAAUUAUGUUUAUGACGAGUGUUGGAUAAAUCUCACAUCAAAUUCUGUUCAGUUUGCCAAGAGUUGCUUGAUGUUUGCCGAGGACUUGCUGAAGCUAUAUGCUGUGGAACUGGAACAUUUUAUUGCCGAGUCUAUCGGUGCCGUCUUUAACGCGCAAGUCGCCCAUUUUCAACAUGCUCUGAAAUCAGACGGCUUGAAGAAGGAACACAAGUUCAUCCUGACCAAUGCGCAGUUUAUUCUGGAAAAUGUGAUGAGUAAAAUAGAGAGGAGAUAUCAAGAACGUGAACUUGCCUUCCCGGACCAACUGGUCAAAGUAAACAAUGAGUACCGCAAACUGAAGUCCCUAAGCAAGACAUAGAAAUGUCGAACAUGUGCUUCAAAUCAAACGAGUCUGUGAUUCAUAAUAUGUGGGGGGGAGGGGGGCUACGACGACGUAGCCCAGUGGUAAAGCGCUCGUCUGAUGAGCGGUCAGUCUAGAAUCGAUCUCCGUCACUGGGCCCAUUGGGCUAUAUCUCGCUCCAGCCAGU